AUGAGAGUCAGAAAGCGUACUUCAAAGAGGACGUCCACGCGGUUGCGGGAGGGUAUCAAGAAAAAGGCCGCUGCUCAGCACCGUAAGGAACGCAAACAAGCUAAGAAAGAUGUGACCUGGAAGUCGCGGGCCAAGAAAGAUCCUGGGAUCCCGGCCAGCUUCCCCUACAAGCAUAAGAUCCUAGAAGCUAUGGAGGAGAAGAAGAGGGAGGAUCAAGAGGAGCGCGAACGGCGCCGGCAGGAGCGGCAGGAGGCCAAACGUCUGGCAAGGGAACGCGGCGAGGAGGUUAUGGACGAUGAAGACAGCGACGAGGAGAUGGAGGAGGGCAACGGCCUGUCGGCCCUUGUAGAAUCCGCGCAGCUUGCGGCGAAGGAGUACGACGGGGCCGUGGGCGGCGACGCGGAGGAGGACGUUGAAGUUCAAGAUCUCGAUGUGGACUUCUACGCGGAUGCCGGCGAGGCGGAAUCGGAGCUGGAGAAGUCGCGCAAGGCGUACGACAAGAUCUUCAAGACCGUGGUCGACGCGGCGGAUGUCGUGCUUUACGUGCUGGACGCCCGGGAUCCCGAGGGCACCAGAUCUCGCAAAGUGGAAGAGGCUGUCUUGCAGGCUCAGGGCAAGCGGCUGCUGUUGAUCAUAAAUAAGGUUGACCUUGUGCCUCCGCAUGUUUUGGAACAGUGGAUGACUUUCUUGAAGUCAAGUUUCCCCACCAUUCCGUUCCGCGCGGCCCCCGGCGCCACGAACGCAGCCAGCUUUAACAAGAAACUAACCCUGUCAGCCACUGCUUCCGGCCUCUUGGAGUGUCUAAAGACCUAUGCCCACCAGUCGAAUCUGAAACGUUCCAUUGUGGUGGGUGUCAUUGGCUACCCUAACGUGGGUAAGUCGUCCAUCAUUAACGCUUUGACCAGUCGCAGAGGUGGCUCAUUCAAGGCCUGCCCAGUUGGGAAUAUGCCCGGUGUCACUACCUCUUUGCGUGAGGUGAAGAUUGAUAACAAGCUCAAGAUCCUCGAUUCGCCGGGUAUCUGCUUCCCAAGCGAGUCUACCAAAAAGACAAAGAGUGAGCAAGAAGCCGAGCUUGCAUUGUUGAACGCUCUGCCACCAAAGUACAUUAUCGAUCCGUACCCAGCUGUUUUGAAGCUCAUCAAAAGGCUUUCGCAGAACGAGGAGAUGACCGCCAGCUUUAAAAAAUUCUAUGAGCUUCCUGCUAUUCCAGCGCCAGAUGCGGAAUCGUUCACGAAACAGUUCCUGAUUCAUGUCGCCAGAAAACGGGGGAGACUCAGUAAGGGCGGUAUACCUAACUUAACUAGUGCAGGUGUCUCCGUGCUUAACGACUGGAGGGAUGGAAAGAUCAUGGGCUGGGUUUUGCCCAACUCUUCCAAAGCCGCUUCUGCUAAGGCUACCCAACCAGGAGCAUCUUCUGAGACUGGCCCAGCAGGCGUGCGUUCUAGUACUGAGCAAACUACUAUUGUGGAAGAAUGGUCUAAGGAGUUUGAUCUGGAUAGCUUAUUCGCAUCCUUGGACAAUGCAAUCCAGACGGCUAACUAA